GAAUAGAUAUUUGAGUGAUAUCUUUAUAAAAAUUUAAUUAAACAAGUAAUAUUUAACAUUUUAAUGAUCUGUUAAAAUUUAACUUUAUAGAACUUCUUUUUUAAAGUUAGAAGCUAUUUAUUUGAGAUCUAACAGUUGGUAUUAGUGUUUAAAGUACUUAAUUAAAUACCUCUACAUUUAAAGAUCAUUAAGAUUUUUUAAAUUUUGACAUAGAAAGUUUAAUGUUGCAAACUAAGUGAUGCAGGUAAAAUAUAUAAGGUUAUGUUCUGACAGUUCCGUGAUCAGUUGAACCCGCAGAUUUUGUGAUAAAAACAUAAAAAGUAUUAAUACAAAAAAUUGAAGAAUUCACUCCUAUGUUAAUGGAUAAUAUACACUGCAAGGUCAACAAUUAAAGGAAAAAGGACAAACCAAGUUCAAGAAUUCUAGUUUUCUCUUUAUAGAGAAAAAUAAAUUGAUUUUGUGAAAAAAAAUCUUUCACUGCCAAUAAUGAGUGAAAUAGAUAGACAAAAAUAUAUUCAAGAAUUUGAUUUUCCAUUUUGUGAAGAAAUCAGCAAAUAUGAUUCGUUGGUUAAAAUCGGCCAAGGAACAUUUGGAGAAGUUUUUAAAGCCAGAGACAGAAAAAAUAGUACGAAAUUCGUAGCAAUGAAAAAGGUUUUAUUAAAUAAUGAUAAAGAAGGGUUUCCAAUAACUGCAUUGCGUGAAAUAAAAAUAUUGCAGUUAUUGAAGCACAAAAAUAUUGUAAAUUUAAUUGAAAUUUGCAAAAAAUCAGCAAUUUCGGGCAAUCGAAGUCGUUCGACUUUUUAUCUUAUAUUUGAUUUUUGUGAGCACGACCUUGCCGGAUUACUUGCAAGUCCAAAAGUAAAAUUCACAUUAGGUGAAAUAAAAAAUGUGAUGAGACAAAUGUUGAAUGGAUUAUAUUUUAUUCACAGUAACAAAAUACUGCAUCGAGAUAUGAAAGCUGCAAAUAUUUUGAUAACGAAAAACGGUCUAUUGAAACUAUCAGAUUUUGGCCUCGCAAGAGCCUUUAGUGAGAGUAAAUUUAAUCAACCGAAUCGAUUUACAAAUAAAGUUGUCACACUUUGGUACAGACCACCGGAAUUAUUGCUUGGUGCUCGAAAUUACAGUCCAGCUAUCGAUUUAUGGGGCACUGGCUGCAUUAUGGCUGAAAUGUGGACAAGAGCUCCAAUAAUGCAGGGAGCUACAGAACAACAACAACUAACUUUAAUCUCUGAAUUGUGUGGCUCAAUUACGCCUGAAGUUUGGCCCGAUGUGGAAUCCUUAGAACUAUUUAAUAAAAUGCAUUUAAUAUCCGGUCAAAAAAGAAAAGUUGUGGAGCGAUUACGAGAACAUGUCAAUGAUAAACUCGCUUGUGAUUUGAUGGAUAAACUUUUAAUUCUCGAUCCAAGCAAGAGAAUUGAUUCCGAUACGGCAUUAAAUCACGAUUUCUUUUGGACUGAUCCAAUGCCAUGCGAUUUGGGACCAAUGUUAGCAAAACAUUCUCAGAGUAUGUUUGAAUAUUUAACGCCACGAAGACGAGCAUAUGCAAAAAAUCCAUUGCAAGUGAAUGGCGGUCCUUCCAAACCAAGUACGAGUAAAGUAAAUGACAAUGGACGUGAGGAUUGGGUUUAUAAAUCGGAACUCUAUUUAGCAUUUCCGGGUUACUACUGUGUUUAAUCUUGUGUGUACAGAUUUGCCAAUCAAUUUGGAUAUUCUAACGAAUUUUAGAAUUUCCAUUCGUAUAUUUUUAGAGACGUGAAACGUCAUGGAUGAUUUUUGUCGAUGACAAAAUGUUCUCUAGGUUUUGUAUUAAUUUAAUAUUUCUUUUUUUCUAAUUUGAAUUUUAUUCGAGCAAAAUGGAAAAAUUACUUUAAAAGUAAUUUUUAUAUUUUAUUUAUUUUUUUAUUGAAUUUUAUUUAAAAUUUUUAUGGAAUUUUUAUUAUUAAUUAUUCAUGAUUAGAGUUUCAUUGAUACUGAAUAUUCAAUAAUCGUAAAUAAUUAAAUGUUAUUGUUAAUAUUUUUAACAUUUAAGGUUUAUUAUUAAUAUUGAAAAGAAGUUUUUUUUUAUUUCCAGAAAAAAAUUUAAUUGUUUAAUGUUUUAAAAAAUUGAUUUAUAAAAUUUAAUUUAGUGUCAAUAUUGAACAUUAUUGAUAAUAUUAAAUAGGGUAACUGCACCAGUGGUGGAUCAAUUAAGCCUACUAAAUUUAUUAUUUUGACUUUAAAGGUGUACAGAUUUUUUCAGAUGAAAAAUAUAGGGUAAUCUUUACAAUAGUAUGCAUUAACAAGUCUUCAAGGACACUAUCGUGUAGUUUUCGACCUGCUUGUAACGUUUACACCCCCUCACACCCCCAUUCAACAAUAAAAUGACAUUGCUCCAGUCGUGGAUCAUUUACCCCUUUACACUACACAAAAAUAACUUAAUGAUGUAUAUUUUUUUCCAGAAGUAUUCUAUAUGGAAAGAAUUGAUUACUUUCUACUCUAAAAAUUAAAAAAAUUUAGACUAAACAAUUAUUUUUUAAGAUUUCAUGUGAAAAAGCAUAAAAUCAACAAUUGUUGUAUUGCUUUGUUUUCCUAAAUAUUUUCAAAUGAUUUUAUUUCAUAAAACUUAUCUAUACACCUCCCCUAAACGAUUGAAACAUUUAGUUCAAUUAGAAAUAGCUUAUUUUAACCUUUUUAAAGCUGUUGAUCCACCAUUGGUGCCUGAUCCACCACUGGUGCAUUUACCCUAUUGCUGUUAACAUUUAAAUUAUUAUUAAUAUUUAAUAAUAAUUUAAUUUUCAAAAUGAAGAUUAAUUUCUUAAUUUUGUUUAAUCUUAUAAUCUUCGCUCAAUCCAAGGCAAGAUUAAUAUUAUUAUAAGUUGUAAAUAUUUUUUUAUGUUAAAAACAUAAACAUUUAGAUUAAAACAGCUAUAGAAUAAGUUUUAUAAAACUGUUGAUAAAAAUCGUACACCAUAAAUAAAAAAAUGUUGAAUUUAUAGAAAAAGAAAGUUGACUUUUUUUUGUAUUGAGCGUCAUAUUUAACUAAAGUUUAUAUUUUUGUUAUUCUAUUAUUCGACUUUUAACAUUAAUUUAAAUUAAUUUUCUAAAUUUUUAAAGGUGUUUUUAAAUAUUGAUCGUUGAUGUCAAACAAUGGUGAGAUGUCAUAUAUCAGGUUUUGAUGGUUUCAAUUAAUAAAUAAACAAGUGAGGUUAUGUAUCAUUAUGCCUUCAAACUUCAAACUUUCAUCCUCCCAAGUUUUUGUAUUUACCCUAUUUACUAUUAUUUACAUUAGUGAAACAAAUUAAAAAACAUCAAAUACACAAUUUUUGACAGUCGAA